ACAUCUAGAUUGCGGUGGAGCAGGGAGCGACUGGGACGUUGAGAGAAGAAAGAACGAAGUCAGAGCUACAUGUAAUUUAUAAGAUUUUAACCAAAGCAAGACGCUCCAGAAAGGAGCAGCACAUUACGCACAGUUUCCAGUGUGGAUGCCUCUGCUUCAGACUCUUACUGCCUCCUUGGAGAUGUAGUUGCAUUCUUGAGAAAAUCCCAAGAAUUUGUUGUUACUAGUUGAUGAGAGAAGUGAGAGCUGUUGAGGCUCCGUUUCCUGUUUGUUAGCGCGCUGCAGCUGGCUGGAGAAGCCCCGCCAGGCUGACUGAACAUCGGUCCCUCUUCCCCGCUUCCACCUACAGACAGUCCGCUGCGAAACUCGGUGGAAAAAAUGUGCGACCUGAUGCCAUCCUCCCAACCUCCGGAGAAAAUCGGCAAAAUGAAAAAGUUGAGGAGAACUUUAUCUGAGAGUUUCAGGAGUAUUGCUUUCAAGAAAGAGGACAGCGGCUUUGAUGAGGUAGCAGGAAAACAGAUAUGUGUCACAAAGAUGUCCACACGCAGCUGCCAGGGAACAGACUCGGUCAUCAAGCCCCUGGACACCAUCCCUGAGGACAAGAAGGUGAGGGUGCAUCGCACGCAGAGUGGCUUCGACCCGUUUGAGAAACCUGCUAGCCAGGUGAAGAGGGUCCACUCUGAGAACAAUGCCUGCAUUAACGCCAAGAGCUCGGCCGCCACCAAGGAGUCGCCCAAACUGCGUCGACACUCCAGCCCUAGUUCUCCCACAAGCCCCAAGUUUGGAAAGGCAGAUUCCUAUGAAAAACUGGAGAAACUGGGAGAGGGUUCAUAUGCUACAGUUUACAAAGGAAAGAGCAAGGUGAAUGGGAAACUGGUGGCGCUGAAGGUGAUCCGUCUGCAAGAGGAGGAGGGGACGCCCUUCACAGCCAUACGAGAAGCAUCUCUUCUGAAAGGCCUGAAGCAUUCCAACAUCGUGCUCCUCCAUGACAUCAUCCACACCAAGGAAACCCUGACUCUGGUCUUUGAAUAUGUGCACACAGACCUGUGUCAGUACAUGGACAAAAACCCUGGGGGUCUCCACCCAGACAAUGUGAAGCUGUUCCUGUUCCAGUUACUGAGAGGCCUGUCCUACAUCCACCAGAGGUACAUCCUUCACCGCGACCUGAAACCACAAAACCUGCUCAUCGGUGACACUGGAGAGCUCAAACUUGCUGACUUCGGCCUGGCCAGAGCCAAGUCGGUCCCCAGCCAUACCUACUCCAACGAGGUGGUGACCCUGUGGUACCGUCCUCCAGAUGUCCUGCUGGGAUCCACAGACUACUCCACCUGCCUGGACAUGUGGGGCGUGGGCUGCAUUUUCAUUGAGAUGAUCCAAGGAGUGGCUGCCUUUCCUGGGAUGAAGGACAUCCAGGACCAGCUGGAGAGGAUAUUCCUGGUCCUCGGCACCCCGUCUGAGGAUACCUGGCCUGGAGUUUACUCUUUGCCUCACUUCAAACCAGACCGCUUUACAGUGUACAGCGCCAAGAAGCUCAGACAAGCGUGGAAUAAGUUGGGCUAUGUGGACCAUGCCGAGGAGUUGGCUUCCAGUUUCCUCCAGUGCUUCCCAAAGAACCGGCUGUCGGCCCAGGCAGCUCUGAACCACGAGUACUUCAGCAACCUUCCUCCGCGGCUCUGUGAGCUGCAGGACAUGUCUUCUAUCUUCACCGUACCAAAUGUCAAGCUGCAGACAGAGAGCGGGGACAGCAUACAGGUGUGUGCACAAAGGAACAGUCAUGGAAAGGCUUCCUCUGGCAGCAAACACUGACCUGAGGCAGCAUCCUGCACAUGAUCGCCUGACAGGUGGCUGUUGUAAAAAAAAGAAAGAUGAAGACAAUGAUGCUGAGACGGAGGAUCCAGACAAAUGGAAGAGCCCAGUUCUCUUUAUUUAUUACCUUCACAAUGUGUGUGAGCGUGGGUGUGUGUGUGAGUGCCAUGUGCAUGAGAAAGAGUAAGCUUUGAGUAUAGAUAUGAAUGCAUGUGUGCGUUAUGAACGGUACCUAAGAUUUCAGGCUAUCAUUUGCAAAUCAUUUGUUUACUUUUUAUAAAGUCACUCAUAUAUCAUUGUCUCAGUAUACACAAAAGGACUUUACUAUUGGUACAUAUUGUGUUUUGUGUAUGUAACUAGCCUCCUAUUUAAGAAUGUAUAUUUCUAUGUAUGAUAUACUCAUCUAGAAACUAUAUAAUGGACAAUUUUAAUAUUGCUUCAUCUUCUGACCACUAUACUGCUCAUGCCAAGACACAUCACUCAACAAACACGUACCGAGACAUGCAUACAAGCAGAAAUACAUCUAUAAAACAAAAACAAUGCAGUCUGUUCAAAGAAGAGAAGGAAUCCUAAAGAGUUAAUUUUCCAUUUCUUUCUUACCAACAACAAUAAUAACAAUAAUAAUAAUUGAAGGCUUUCAGGUGGUGUAACACAUCCUCUGGCAGCCAUAUUGGAGGUCCUCGGUUCUUUGGUAGCUGAGAACAGCUGAUGUUAUUUUAAAGACAUGGUGCAUAUGCAUAUAGUUUGAAGUUGAACUUACUAUGUAAUGAUUGGUACAUAUGGAUGAUUUUGUGUUAACAUAAUGACUAAUUGUGGUAUUUGUCAUGUAACUGUCACAAUUGUGGUAUCAGCAAAUAUGAUUUAAACACUAAAACUAAUAUGUAUUAGGUAGUAGUAAAUAGAGGUCAGUAGUUAUAUGAACAUAUUGAUCUUUGUCAGAUAUUAUUAUGUUCCUCUCAUAGUUGCCAUCAGCUGGGUUAACGAUGCACAUUUGGACAUUUUCAAAGGCAUAUUUUAGUAGUUUUUACUAUCAUUCCCAUCAGUUAUGAGAAUAUUUCACUCACAAAUAGCAUUGAUUAGUGGCUGCACUAUAAAAAUAGAUUUAGGAGUGACUCUUCUUUACAUUUAUUUGCAGAAAUUUUUACGUGCAUCUUCACAGCUCUGGCCCGGCAGCAUUUUCCCCAUUGAACACGAUUAUAAAGGAGACAUCUGUAAGACUGUUGAUACUGUAGGACACCUCAAACAGCAAACAAGGUCAAUAACUAUUCUUUUUAUUAUGAGUUUUUUAAACUCUGAGUUUCACAUUCUUUCAGACUUUCCCAGAGGCAAGAAAAUCUAUUUUUAUGUGUGUGACAUCAUCAUAGUCUAUGACUGGGUCACACAACACUUAAAAAAACUAAAGAGAUAAAACAUAUCAGCACAUUUGCUGGGUAAGAAAUUUUAACAGAAAGGAACGCCAUCUUGGAGUUCGGUAUCAGUUCUUACAUCCAUUUAAUAACAAGGCUCACAUUUUCUCAUUUUCACUUCAAAAUAAUUGUAUUUAGACAUGGGUUAAAAUAUUUGAAAUGCAUGAAAAGUGAAAGUUUGUGAGUAAAAUGUUAUCAUAAUCCAUAAGUGGGCCAAAACUGCAAAAGUAAAUUAUUUAUGUAAUUUUUUCCAAUGGACCUCCAUGAUGGAACCAGACCUGGCUGAUAUGAGUUUUGUGUUGCAACUGAAAAGCCUCUCUAACAUAAAUAAUCUCUGCUGGAGAUGUUGAAGGUGCACACAUACGAAAAUAGGGACAGCACCAACCAGUGUGCAAUAGCGUAACUGACAACAGCUGUAAGUGUGUGUGUCUGAUAGAGGGGGGUGUGUGUGUGUGUGUGUGUGUGUGUGUGUGUGUGUGUGUGUGUGUGUGUGUGUGUGUGUGUGUUGUGUGUGUGUGUGUGUGUGUGUGUGUGUGUG